CUGUGCCUGAAGAAACGAAAGGCCUAAAUUUGCAGCCGAAAAGCUGAAGAACUUUGGAACCGGAAGAGAAGAAGAGGCAGAUUCUUUAAGACUUUGGACUUAUACAUAAGAGUCACUUGGUCUCUGCCUCUCUGUCCCUCUGUUUUGGAGUUGUUUUAAUUCUUAGAGAAGAGAGCAAACUAUUUUCCAUCAUUCAAAUGGCAGAAAAUACAGAGCAGGUGCAGUACGAAGAGGAAUUCAUCAUCAGUCGACGUGGAUUGAAGCUCUUCACCUGCAGAUGGUUGCCUAGAAACCAGGAACCAAAAUCAUUGGUCUUUCUUUGCCAUGGGUACGCUUUGGGAUGUGAAACUUCCAUGAACGGUAUUGGAAUAAGACUAGCAGAAGCAGGAAUGGCGGCUUAUGGAAUCGAUUAUGAAGGCCAUGGAAGAUCCUCAGGCCUAAGAGGAUACAUUCCCAACUUUGAUGAAGUUGUUGGUGAUUGCUGGGAAUUUUACACUAGCAUAAUCGAGAGGAUGGAGAACAAGAACAAGAUGAGGUUUCUGCUGGGGGAAUCCAUGGGUGGUGCAGUAGCGCUUCUGCUGCACAAGAAGCAGCCUUCUUUUUGGGAUGGUGCAGUUUUGGUCGCACCCAUGUGCAAGAUAGCCGAUGAGAUCAAGCCAAGUCCUCUGGUAAUCAGUAUUCUAUCCAAAUUGUGCAGGAUCAUCCCUACCUGGAAGAUAAUCCCCACCAAGGAUCUCAUGGACGUCGCUAUAAAAGUACCAAGCAAAAGAGAGGAGUUUCUUUCUGAUCCUUAUUGUUAUAAGGGGAAUACCCGUUUGAAGACUGGUUAUGAACUGCUCAGGGUUAGUACGGCACUAGAGAAGAGCCUCCAUGAGGUGAUACUUCCCUUCCUGAUCUUACAUGGUGAGGAAGACAGAGUGACCGAUCCCAAGGUCAGCAAGCUCCUAUACGAGUCUGCGUCAAGCACGGAUAAAACUUUCAAGCUCUACUCCGGCAUGUGGCACGCUCUGAUCUCCGGCGAGACGCCGGAGAACAUUGAACUCGUCUUCACGGACAUCGUCAACUGGCUGGACAAGCAAAUCUCUCAAGGAAACUCAAGGAUGGAAAGCGAGAUCAAGGCCGAGCAAGAUGACCAGAUCCCGGCAAGCUAGACUCGAGCUUGGCCCUUGUUUCUUAGCGGCGCAUGAGUCGGUCAAAAGGAAACAGGGCUUGGAAAAAAUGAUGUGCUAGUGGGGGGGGACUCAUUUCUCUAGAUUUGGUUUUGUUUCUAUAGAUAAUAUACAGUAUCAACCCUCUCCAAUACCAAAUAGAAGAAACCAAAUAGUUUUGGCACAAUUCAUAGUAAAUGUGCUUCACCUAGAAAGAGGACAUCUUAGAUGCAAUGGAUUCACAUAUGGGAUCAGUUGAACAUAGUGAAAUAAUUGUUUACAAGCUUAUUACAUCUAGUUUUCAUGUGGAUCACAAGCA